GACGUUUUUGCAUGACAGGUUUCUCAAUUAAGUAUAUUUGCACAUUGUUCAAAUUGAAAUAAACUCUUCAUACAUUCAACGAAUUUUUUUUUUUCAAAAAGUUGGCGUGAUGGAUUCAAAUUUUCCGGAUAACACUAAAAUGGAAACAACAGAUGAAUGGGGAAUGCAUAACGGUAAUGCACAUGUUGAUGGUGAAUUGAUGCACGUUUAUAUGGAUAUUAAGUCGCCGAUUGUAGCUUUAAAGGUUAUAUUGGAAGGAAAAACCGAAAAACCCAUAAUCAACUACGAAAUUUGGCUUCAAAAUGUUGAAAAAAUUGAGCCAUCCACAACACUUGUCGAUCAGUGCGAAAAUGGCGAAGGUUUGGUACAAGUAAUUGUCGAAAUUUUGCAUGACAUCAAACGCAUAAAUAUAGCCGAUGUUGUCAAGCCAACAGAAGAAGUGGUAAAUGCGGCAGCAGACUCAGACAUUGCUAUGGAUGACAAUGAAGCGAAUAGCAGCCAUUCGUCAGCUGGGAUCGAUCAAUUGAAUUCAUUUGGUGAUGCGACACGCAAAGAGCCUGUCAUUUUAAAAAGAAAACAUAUGGAAUUAGACGAGGAAAGUGUAUUGCCGUCGGGUCAAGGCAAUCGCACCGGAAACAAUGGUCAGAUUCAAUUAUGGCAAUUUUUAUUGGACAUUCUAACUGAUAAGCGUCAUCAAAGUAUUAUUCAGUGGAUUGAAGGCAGUCCACAAUUCCAUUUUAUUGACCCAGAAGAAGUGGCAAAAUUGUGGGGUCAGCGUAAAAAUAAGCCGGCAAUGAACUACGAUAAACUGUCGCGAGCUCUACGCUAUUACUAUGGUGGCAGCAUGCUUGAGAAAGUCGCCGGCAAACGGUAUACAUAUCAAUUCGUGUAUCCGCUGAAAGAACUGAUGGGAAAAAACGCACAAGAGCUGGCAGACUUUGCAAAAGGCGUCCCAAGGCAGCCGAAGCCGAGACGAAUCACGACAACAUCACCUUGUCACUUGGCUCAGGAUAAAGCGGCUUUUAUCAAAACUCCAGUCUUCGACUCGAAACCAAAUUGAACUCUUCGAUCUAAGCAAACGUAGACUAAAAAAUAUUGUGCAAUGGUUUGUUUCAUAAUAAAAAUGAAAAACAGCAA